UGCAUUUAACCUUUAUUUAAAUUUAAUCAAACAAGUUUCACGGUUUCCUGAUUAUACAUUCAUCUCCAGGGUUAAAGAAAUCUAAAUAAUAAAGUAUUAGAUGAUUUUCAGACGACAUCCGCGUUACCUAAAUCUGAACAAUCAGAGUAUUGUGAUCCUCCGCGCUUUCCGUCGUUCCCAAACAAACUUACUGUCAAGUUGAAGCGCGAGCUUUGGCGUAUUAUAUCAAAACCGGACAGCCAUCCUCCCGUAAGCUUCUGUGGGAUGUUACGUUUCACUAAAAACAACGUGCACGGUUUUGUAAAUACGCUUAUUGAACUUAACCGAACUACUUUCUGUUUACUCUCACGUGCGGUUUUAAUGGGUCAGAAGUGCUUAUGCUGGAGUGGCAGUCAAACCGUCUGAAAUGGAUUAAAUCAUGCUGAUGGAGGAACAGAGCAGCUCUAGACAAGAGGAGGGCUCUAGAGAUAAAGGUGUGCUCUACAGCUGGCAGGGCUAUUUCUGCAGGGUGACCCCAGAGAGACUGCUGCUGUCCAGGCCAGUGCUUCAUGCUGCACUGGGGACUUUACAUGGACUUCUGCUGACAGAAGAUGGGCAUGUGUAUAGUUUUGGCGAGCAGCCGUGGAAACGAGUCGAAUCUCAGCCUGCCGGCCCUGUUAUAGAGAGCGCCCUGAGUGGUCAGCGUGUGAUCUAUGUGUCAGCGGGCAGCUAUCACUGUUCUGCUGUAACGGAGGAUGGCCUCGUCCACAUGUGGGGGGAGAACUCUCAUGGGCAGUGUGGCGUCUCUGGAAUGGACCAGGUACCCAGUCCCACUCCUGUUAAUGUGGUGGAUGGCGAGAUCCAUCCUCCGCAACUGGUCCGAGUCCUGAAUGUGGCCUGUGGAGCACAGCACACUCUGGCCCUGUCAAGAAAGCAUGAGGUGUGGGCGUGGGGUAGUGGCUGCCAGCUGGGACUAGUCACCAAUAUAUUCCCGGUAUGGAAACCCCAGAAGGUGGAGCAUCUUGUGGGAAGAUACGUGGUUCAGAUCGCUUGUGGUGGGUUUCACAGCCUGGCUCUGGUUCAGAUUCUUUCUCCCCCAGAGGACAGUCAGCAAGCUCGGGAUAGAUGUGGGCAGUGUAAGCAGAGCCGUUACACCAUGACUGACAAGGAUGACCAUGUUAUUAUCUCUGAUGAUCAUUACUGCCCACUUGGAGUGGAACUGACUGAUUCUAAAGAAGGCCGAAGGUCAGGACAGAGUUCUCCAGCUCAGACACCACAAAGCAAAAACUCCUCAGCCCACUUCGAAGAAUCCCCGUUGAGCUUGAAGAACAUCUGCGAAUACCCACGUUUUUCAGUCGGAUCUCAGCAAAAUACAACAAGCCAGGAGGCUCAACCAGUCCCUGCUUUAUCCGAAACCGGACAUGCACGUCUACGACGAACCAAAAGCAAUCCCUACCCUGAUGAGCAAGCUCUGACAGACUACCUCAAAAGAAUUUUGGAGCAGACCCUCGCUGAGCAGGCCGAGGUCGCCUCGUUGGGAGGUUCCCAUCCUCCGAGCCGUCAGGCGUCACUUACAUGUCCUUUCCGAUCAGACCAAAGUGAUGAGCUUACACUACGUCCCUCUUCACCAGCACUGAGUGGAACUGAUAUAAGAUACAGACAACGCUGUGCAUCAGAUACUGUCACAGACCGGAAACACUCUCUCCAUUUAAUACCAACACUGGAUUCCACUUCUGAUGAUUCUUCACAGCACUCAAGUGUGGAUGGAGGCGUUUGCAUCAGUGACCUCGUGAUUAGCAAUGGAUGUUUAUUUGAGUCCUGUUUGGGGGAAGGAGAGGCAGCUGGAAUGGACUUCUGUCCAGCAGAUCCUCUUCAAGGCAAGAAGAGCACCAGUCUGACUGACAUCACGUUAGAGGACGCUGAAGCACGUAAUCGCAGAGGGUCUUUACCUGGCUUCUCUCCAGUGUCGCCUUCUGGCAGUCAUCGAAUCAACCAUUUACGGGCUGAAGUAGGUGCCAUGACUACUACGUCUACCUCAGAAUCCAGAAUUCUCCUUCCUUCCCUUUACACUGAGGUGUGGAGUUGGGGGAGGGGCCAGGAAGGUCAGCUAGGUCAUGGAGACUAUUUGCCCAGGUUACAACCUCUCUGCAUCAAGAGCUUAAGUAAAAGGGAAGUUGUCAAGAUCACUGCUGGAGCAAAUCACUCACUGGCACUGACAGCUCAAUGUCAGGUUUAUUCCUGGGGAAGUGACAAAUUUGGACAGCUGGGUCGUAUAAAUGCUCCGAGCACAGUUCCUAAUCUCACCAUGGUCUCUGAGGGUGUCCGUGUGUGGGACGUGGCAGCAGGGCAAACGCACACUUUGCUGCUGGCUGAUGGAGACUGUUAUCAGCCCAUACUGUACUACAGCGGAGAGCAGGUGCUGGAGAGCACUGACAGCGCUCAUCCCCUCUCCGGGACCUACACCCAGAUGCCUACCCUUCUGCCGUUCUGCAUGAAUAUUGGCUAUGUGAGUAAAGUGUUUGGGGGAGGACUGAAAUGUUUGGCUUUGGCCGAUCAAAACGCGAUGGGUUUCAUAGCUUCAGUCCAUGAACUGGCUUCGGCAGAGAGGAAAUUCUUCUGCACGCUCAGUAAGGUGAAGAACGAAAUCCUGAGCCCCCUUCUAGCCCGUGCAAGUUUGGCCUUGUCUCUGGGUCAGUCCUCCAUGUUGCUGUUUCAAGAGUUGGCUGGUAGUUUCAGCAAGCUUUGCCAUCUGACAGGACAGCACUCGGUAUCCCUCACCAACUUCCUGCAGCGAGGCAAAGUGAUCAAAACACUGGUCUUGAUCAAGAACACAGACAUUUUCAUGGACACAUAUAAAGAGUACAGCGAUCCAGUAGGAAACUUGCUUGUUAUGGGAGGAUUCCAGUCGUUGCUGAAGCCCUCACAAGAAUGCUUUGGGAAGAAACUGGAGUUGAUACAGACUCUGCUAGAAUCCAAGGAGAAGAACAUAUCUCCCUAUGAUCUGUUAGUCACCUUGUUUUAUAUGCCCUUGCAGCACCUGCAUGGGUAUAACAGAUUACUUCUGAAACUAGCCCACUGCUUUGAAGUGAACACUGAGGAAUAUGAUUGGAUUCAAAAUGGCUGCUCCAAAUAUGAAGCUUUAGCUCGCCUUGUCAGCAAGCAGAGAAGAGAUGCAGAGGCCACUUUCAAUUUCUGGAAGAACUUCAAAGGGAAGAAUUCGGAAUCCCUGCGUAAGCCGUCUCGUCGUCUGGUUUGUGAGAGCAGCAAUAAAGCUCUGACGUUACAGAACGCUGGAAGAUUCUCUGCCAGCUGGUUCAUCCUCUUCAGUGAUGUGCUGGUUCAUGCACAGGGCACUAUUCCAUCAAAGAAGCUUUUCUCAUCUCAUUACGUCUAUCCACUUGCUACACUCUGGGUGGAGCCCAUCUCAGAUGAAAGUGUGGGCCAACAUGGCCUUAAGCUGACCACACCUGAAGAGAACUUCGUUGUUCUGGCAGCAUCCCCUUUGGAAAAGGGGAAGUGGCUGAGAGCCAUUAACCAGGCCAUUGAGGACGUGCUUGCUCUAGGCCUGAACAGAAGAACACGUGUGUCUAGAAGCAGCCAGAAAGGUGAACCUCCUGAGUCACGCACGUCUACCUACACUUUCAGCAAAGAGGGCCGACUCAAAGAUGCCACCUACGAAGGCCGCUGGCUGUCAGGCAAACCGCACGGCAAAGGGACUCUGAAGUGGCCAAAUGGGACAGUUUACUGUGGCACAUUCAAGAAUGGGUUGGAGGAUGGAUUUGGAGAUUUUAUGACCCCCAACACGACAUUAAACAAGUUUGAGCGUUACCAAGGUCACUGGAAGGAGGGGAAAAUACAUGGCUUUGGCACAUUUUGGUAUGCUUCAGGUGAGGUAUACGAGGGCUCAUUCAGGGACAACCUGUGUCAUGGUCACGGCAUGUUACGGAGUGGAAAGUUAGCCUCUCCUACCUCCAGUAGUGUGUUUGUGGGCCAGUGGGUUCAAGGGAAGAGAACAGGCUAUGGGGUGUGCGACGACUUCAGCAAAGGAGAGAAAUACAUGGGAAUGUGGCUCGAUGACCAGCGUCACGGUGUCGGAGUCGUUAUAACUCAGUUUGGAUUGUAUUAUGAAGGAAACUUCUGUAAUAACAAGAUGAUGGGCAAUGGCUCUCUUCUCUGUGAUGAUGACACAGUCUUUGAGGGCGAGUUUUCAGAGGACUGGACUCUGUGUGGAAAGGGCGUUCUCUUCAUGCCUAAUGGUGACUCUUUGGAUGGGGUCUUUGACGGUCACUGGGGAGCCGGUCUGAGAGUGGCUGGAACUUUUACAAAACCCUUUGAAGCUUUGAGAAGAGAAAGAAAGAUACCUGUGGCUGGUCAACACGCAGUGCCUGCAGAAGAAAAGUGGAAGGCAGUGUUUGAUGAGUGCUGGAGUCGAUUGGGCUGUGAAGCUCCUGGUGUAGGAGUGCAUGAGAAAGCCUGGGAAAACAUCGCCAUCGCCCUCACUGCCAGACGCAGACAACAGAGAUAUCGUCCAGAGGAGCUGAGCCGAUCUCAAACUAAGAUGCUGGAGAGUCUUGAGGUGAUUCCUCAGCAUGUGGGCCCUGUUACUGCUGACUCCUUCAACAACAUCCGUCGGUAUCUCUUGAAGGCCUGUGAUACCCCUCAUCACCCUCUGGGCUGGCUGCUGGAGACCCUCGUGACUGUGUACAGGAUGACUUAUGUUGGUGUGGGCUCUAAUAGACGCCUCCUACAGCAGGCAGUGGAGGAGAUCCAGUCGUACCUAACACGCAUAUUUCAAAUAGUCAGGUUUCUGUUUCCUGGUCUCCCUGAGGAUGGAGGUUUUAUUUUGGACUCUUCCAGUUCCUCAGAUGAGGGCACAGAGUCUCUUAACAGCAGUACACAUUCAGAAACACCACAGCAGGGUUGGUUAGUGAGCAGCUCAAGUCUUCUCCUGCCGGUGUUGCUGCCGAGGCUUUACCCUCCUCUCUUCACUCUCUACACACUAGAGAAAGAGAGAGAGGAGGAGGUGUACUGGAGCUGUGUGUUAAGACUCAACAAGCAGCCCGAUCUUGCUCUUCUAGCCUUCCUUGGAGUACAACAAAAGUUCUGCCCAGUUUCUAUCUCUGUAUUGGGAGAGAAAAAGCAGGUCUUGCCUAGUACUAAAGACGCCUGCUUCGCCACUGCUGUUGAAACCCUGCAACAGAUCAGCACAGCAUUCACUCCCUCAGACAAGUUGCAGGUGAUACAGCUGACCUUUGAGGAGAUCACCCAGGACAUGCAGGCUCUGCUUGGGCAAGAUUUUCUGUGGUGCAUGGAUGACCUCUUUCCAAUCUUCCUCUAUGUGGUGCUCCGUGCACGAAUCAGAAACCUGGGCUCUGAGGUGAGUCUGAUAGAGGACCUUACAGACUCCAGUCUACAGCUGGGACAGAUUGGAUUCAUGUUGACAACUCUCAAAGCUUGCUACAACCAGAUUCAGCUUGAGAAGACGACAUAGGAGGGGUUGGUUUGUGAGCGGUGCAACCACAGCUUUGCCAACUUGCGCACAUUCUUACGGAGUCGGUGCCAUUUAAAUAGACACGGAUUACAGGUCAAGUCAAGAUGUGCUCAUUUAUUUCAGGUCUCAAAAAUAAGCUCACUUUCCACUCAAGCACUGUUCUUCAGAGAUUAAGUCAAUUGUUAUAACUGUCGAGACUCUCACAUUGACCACCUGACUGAUGGUUAAGUUAAGUUACCCCUUGAAGAAACAUGUACAUUUCAACACCCACAUUACCUGGGCAGAAAAGAGACUUUUUCUGUUUUAUACAAGAUAGCAGAAUAAGCACUCCGCAUGUGUCACUAAGGUUAUUACAUGCAAUUUUGGUAAUAACUGACACUCGUUACUAUAUAUGAUAUUCUGUAUCAGUCUGUCUCUGGCUUUUGCACUGAUAUUCAGAUAUUAGAACUUACACAACAAAAAAAACAAUGAGGGAUUUUGAAUGAAUUACCUCAGAUUGACAGUGACUUGAACAAAUACAUUUACCCUGUAUAGAAAUACAGUAAUAAACUAAAACCACCCUUAUUUAUAUAAGCAACAGCAAUACAUUUCAAAUAUUUUGCUGUAGAAAACCAAUACCUAAACUGUUGAAACAUUUGGGGUCAGUAAGGUUUUUUUUUUUUUUUUUUUGGUGGUUGUUGUCGUUUUGUUCGUUUUUGAAAAAAAAAAAAAAAAAAAAAAAAAAGUCUCUUAUGCUUAACAAUGCAGCAUGUAUUUGAUCAACAUACAGCAAAAAAAGUAAUAUUAUAUCUGCUAUGCAAAGCUGAAUUUUCAUUACUCUAGUCUUCAGUGUCACAUGGUCUUUCAGAAAUCAUUCUAAUAUGCUGAUUUGCUGCUUGAGAAAUCUUUAUUAUUAUUCUGAGUGCUGAAAACCGUUAUGCUGCUUAAUAUUUUUGUGGAAACCAUGAUAAUCUUUUCAGGAUUUUUGAUGAAUACAAAGUUCAAAAGAACAGCAUUUAUUUAAAAAUAGAAAUCUUGUUGUGCAUACUGUUGAAAAUUUUAGUCACUUUUAAUCAUUCAUUGCAUCCUUGCAGUAAGUUUUACUUACUGAUCCCAAACUUUUGAACAGUAGUGUACAUAAAUGAUCCUUCUUAAGGAACUUGGUUCAUUAUCACUGGCUUUAGGAAAUUCACUAAAAUGAAUCAGGCUUUCCAGUGCUAUUUAAGAGAGAGAUGGCAUUCAAGGACAGCAUGUGUUUUGUUGUAAAGCAGUGGCAUCAGUUUUUCGAAAACGUAGCUUGUUACUGCAAAAGCUAUGAAAAUAGUUACUGUCACCCUACUGAAAAAUGUAUCGCUACUUAUAACUUGUAAUCAAUACUAAAUCCUAUAGCUGCAUCCCUAGUAAUAAGUAGUUUUUUUUAUUGGUUUACUGGUUUUGUUGCCAUUUUGCACAUUACACAGGGUUGCAGUGUUUUUAAAUAAAUGUGAAGUCUUGCUAUGUAGGUAUUAUAAACUGCAAGUAGAUAUUUUUGACUUAAUAGUGUUAUUGAAGCCCCUACAUGUAAAGUCAAAUAAUAUAUUGUGUUGUAUUUUAAAAUGUACCAGUAUAAUCCAUCUAUGUAACUUUGAAACACCAUGGAUAUUCUGAGAAGUUGUUUCCAUGACAGCAUGCUGAUAUGAAGCUUUUCGCUGUAUGAAAUUUGAUUUAGUUGUAAUUAUAUUAUCUAGUCUUAUCAAGCUUUACCAGAGUGAAUUUAAGAUAUUUUUUUAGAACUAAUACACUGAAGACUAAAGUAAUAUUUUUUUAUGCAUUUUUGCCGUUGACUGAAAAUGUGGCAUUUGACACUAUGCAAUAAGGGAAUAAAAAUGUAAAUGGCAGGGCCCCUAAAGGACCUCAGCAUUUAGUAUUUUGCACUGGAAAAAGUAGCAGUAACCUUCACAUUUUGCUUUUCACGAAUGCCUUUAUUCACGAAUCUGUGUGUGUGUGUGUGUGUGUGUGUGUGUUCCUCUAAAUGCAUCUUUUGUACAUUUGAACAUGCACUGAAAGAGUUUUGCUGAUGUCACACAGCCUUAUUGUAAGAUCUGGUUGGAGGAUGUGCAUUUUUAAUAACUGAUUGCCAAAAUGUAGAGGAUGGCUAAACAUUUAUAUGCAGUACACUGUAAAAAGUGAUAAUAGUACAUAGUACAAAAUAGUACAAAAGUACAUAAUUAAAAAAAAAAAAAAAAAAAAAA